AUGACAGCACCGGAGACGCAUUUCUAUGGUGAGGAAGAAGGCGAUCCGUCCAAACGUUUGACUGCGGUGUUGGAUGGUCACGAAUACGAGUCGCAGAGUGAAGCCCCUAGUGAGGCUGAGGUACCGCUAGAGGUACUCCCCCAAAGGCUCGGAGCAUUGAAUGAAGAGGAAUUGCGACAAUUGUUAUUGAAAUUGCCGCGACGGAAAGAGAUAAUAGCGGCAUGCCAAUCGAGAGUGGACGUGAACUCAGAAGCAAUGUCGACGGAAGCUGAGUGCGUUGAUGAUCAGUAUCGAGAUAGAGUCUUACAGAAAGCGGAGGCUGAUUGGGAUUUGGUUCCCCAGCAUACCGCCUCUCGAGACUCCUACGUUCAACUCAGUCGAUACGUCCCCGUCAGGUUGUCCCAUGAGGAUCGUAAGGCUUUGAAUCUACUGGAGCGAGCUCUCAACGUGAGCGAAUAUACAGACAGAGUCGACGUCUACACGCUGCGACAAGAGAAGGACAGUUUGAUCAUUGACCAACUGGAUGAGGCGUGCUCUAUCUUAUCUGGAAUGUCAAUAGCCUCGCAUCAGCGUCCUCCUGCGGAUUUCCAGCACUGGUAUCAACGAGUGUUCGAGGUUGGAAGACGGUAUAAGAUGCUCAAUCCUGAGAGGUUCCGAGACAACUAUGGAAAGUUGAUGUACAUGUUGAUGGAUGCGAACAAGGUCAGGGACAGGCUGCAGUUUGAGCUGAUCAAACCGAUCAAGACGAUCGAAUCGGAAUAUGGAGCCCUCGGGCAACCCCUGGAAAAUCUUCUCCUCGACUCUCGGUUGCCUCUAGCUGUCCAUCCAGCACACAACAAGGAGGAGGCAGCUGUUAAGACAGCAGCAAGGGAAGAUAUAGCAGCUAGACAUGGGGAUAAGUUCCAGCCUGAAGACUUGAAUGCCGUCCUCGACUCGCUCGAAGAAUUUGAAGAAUUCCGGGAGCACUGCUCGGAGCCAGCGACCAGGAUGAAGGAGUAUCUUCAGCAUUAUUUCUCUCCUAUCGAUGAAACCUCUGGAUCUGACGGUGUAAAGUCUCGCCACUGUUCACUGCGCUUGCGGUACGGCGAGGGAGGCGCGAGGCUCUCUCAUGACCAUCGACGGCAGUACCAGUAUGUUCUGCAGAGUUUGACGCUAUGGGAUGACGUGUUGAAGAACCUCAUUCAACUCUGGCACAUGGUUGAGAACGACACUAUUGUGAAACCUGCAGGAGGUUAUCGACUCGCCGAUACAGGCCAGGGACUCAAUCGGAUACAACAAGCCCCCUCAGUGUAUCGUGCGAUGAACCAGAUACUGAAUAGUGUCCAGCAGAAGUUGGGUGGUUGGACAGGCUCGAGCGUUGUACAUAUGGGUGACCACAACGUCCCUAAUGCACUUAUCUUCCUGGAUAAAUAUUGUCAAAUCCCUAGGAUACUGUCCCCUGUAUGUCAUUGUCUUGAUCGUUUGGAAGCAGAAUACCAAGCAAGGCCCAGCAUUAGAGAUUACGUUGAUUCAACCUUUGGCGGUGUUGAUGGAGCUAAACGAAUAAUAUUGCAGGAUUUCUUCAAACACGCAUUCGAUGGCAGCGGUGCUGACAAUUUCUUUGACGCCGGAAGCUGCAUCGAUGGAAGGUUGACAUCAGCAUGGAACUGGUGUAGUCAAAUCGAGAAAAAGAUCUACUUUCCCUUAUUCUUGCUCACUGGAUUUACUGGUUUCGACGGCGAGGAAGGAUGGUGAUGCUUUUCCCGUUGUUCCUACAUACACUAGUCUCU